AUUUGGCGGAUAUCCAUUAGAUUCAUAAUGGUGGUCAUUGAUAGUGUUCGGUUUUAUCGUCCGUUUUGGAUUUGCAUGAAAAUUCUAGAUCCGACUUUCUUCGGAGAACCAACGCGACUUCUUCGAGUUUAUGUGGUGGCUCUGCAAUUCCUGAUCACCUUUUGCUUUCCACUGCACCUACUGCUGAAUGUCCUGCUGCAUCCUUCGCUGGCGGAUCUAUUCAAGAACCUGAUUAUGACGAUCACCUGCUCGGCCUGCAGCUUGAAACAUGUGGCACAAAUCAUUCAUCUCCCGGAGAUAAAGGAAAUCGAUUCCCUGAUCACGCAAUUGGACAAGUUUAUUGAAAGCGAAGACGAGCAUGAGUAUUACCGUAAACACGUAAAAUCCAAUUCCGUACGAUUCACCCGAUGCUUGUAUAUCAGUUUCGGAAUUAUAUACCCGAUUUUCAUGCUUGGCUUCUUGGUCCUGGUCGCAAGUGGAACCGGAGAACUGAUAAUCCCUGCGUACUUUCCCUUCGACUGGAAGACGAAUCAGUAUUUGUACGCUGUGGCCAUCAGUUACCAGCUUUUGGGCGUUCUGGUAGAUGGUCUACAGGGUCUAACCAACGACACCUAUACUCCACUGACCCUGUGCAUCCUGGGAGGUCACAUCCACAUGUGGGCCAUGCGUAUGUCAAGGCUCGGAUUCGAAGGAAUUGAAAGUGAUAGGAAUCAGUAUAGACGGUUCGUGGCAUACAUAGAGCAGCACAAGUUGCUAAUGAGAUUCCACUACCUGACCCAGAAGACCAUCAGUCAGGUGCAAAUUUUCCAGUUGGGCGGCUGUGGCGGCACCCUGUGCCUCGUGGUGUCCUAUGUACUCUUCUAUGCUCCGGACAUGAUAUCCCUGAUCUACAACCUGGUGUUCAUCGUGGUGGUCUGCGUCCAGCUCUUUCCCAGCUGCUACUUCGCCAGCGUGGUGGCCGAGGAGGUGCAGAGUCUGCCGUACGCGAUCUUCUCCAGCCGCUGGUAUGCCUGCUCGCAACGUCACCGCCGGAAUCUGCUCAUCUUCACCCAACUGACACUGGGCACCACGGGGCGGGGCCGGGUGAUGAAGGCGGGCGGACUCGUGGAGCUGAAUCUGAACGCAUUCUACGCCACCCUAAAGAUGGCCUACUCCCUGUUCGCCGUGGUGGUGCGGGUGAAGAGCAGAUAGAGCGGCUUGUUAAUUAAACAGUGAGGGCUCCUGGGGGAGGAGGGCCUAUUGUUAUUGAUUUCCAUUCCGCACCGUGAAAUUGGCCAAAAAGUGGAGCAAUCAACGCACUGCAAACGAAAUUUCAUUAAUAGGCCCCGUCGCGAUGCGCAAAUAAACAAUUUCGUAUUCGGUGGAUUCUGUUCUCCGGUUUUUCGUUCGAAC